CACACAUAACAGUCAAAAAAGAACCAAACGGGGGCACACUAAUCGCAGUAAUUACAGAGAUUUGAGUUGUAUUUAUUUAAGCAGAGGGAGGGAGGAAGCCAAUAUGAAGAGUUCAAGAAAUUUUGUGGCUGCAGACCUGUAAGAAACCCACAGUGUCCUUCACUAGAAUCCACUACUGAUUUUCUCUUUCAAAACCCAUUUUUGAUUUUUUAAUCUCUCUUUCUCUCUCUUAUUUAUUUCCUCUGUGUUCAGUUUCGUCACAGAGAGAUCCAGUGAGUGAGUGAGAGAGAGAUCUGUUUGUGGAGAAAAUGAAGAGAAUGGAAACUAACUCAGUUUCCAAGUCUUUGUUUUUAGUAUCACUAGUGUUGUUACUACAGUGUUUUCAGUUGAUUCAAUGUUCGGUUUCUUAUGAUAAGAAAGCUCUUGUUAUUGAUGGAAAAAGAAGGUUUUUGUUUUCUGGAUCCAUACAUUAUCCAAGAAGCACUCCUGAAAUGUGGGAAGAUCUAAUACAGAAAUCCAAAGCUGGAGGAAUUGAUGUUAUUGAGACCUAUGUUUUCUGGAAUGGCCAUGAACCUUCUCCUGGCAAUUAUUAUUUUCAAGGGAGAUACGAUCUGGUUAGAUUCAUUAAGACAAUACAGAAUGCUGGGCUCUAUGCUGUUCUUCGGAUUGGACCUUAUGUUUGUGCUGAAUGGAAUUUUGGAGGGUUUCCAGUUUGGUUGAAGUAUGUACCAGGCAUCAGUUUCAGGACUGAUAAUGAGCCUUUCAAGAAUGCAAUGCAAGGGUUUACUGAGAAGAUUGUGCAGAUGAUGAAGGCUGAAAAGCUGUUUGAAUCUCAGGGUGGUCCAAUUAUACUCUCCCAGAUCGAAAACGAGUAUGGACCAACUGGUAUGGCACUUGGAGCUGCUGGACAUUCAUACAUGACAUGGGCUGCAAAAAUGGCUGUUGAUUUAGAUACUGGUGUCCCUUGGGUGAUGUGCAAGGAACAGGAUGCCCCAGAUCCAGUGAUAAGCACAUGCAAUGGAUUUUACUGCGACGCUUUCACAGCCAACGGAAACAAACCAAAAAUAUGGACUGAGGCUUGGAGUGGCUGGUUCUCGGAGUUUGGGGGUUCAAUCAAACAACGUCCGGUUCAAGAUUUGGCAUUUGCAGUUGCACGAUUUGUACAAAAGGGUGGUACUUUUGUUAAUUACUACAUGUAUCAUGGAGGAACCAAUUUCGGUCGAACUGCAGGGGGACCUUUCAUUACCACCAGCUACGACUAUGAUGCCCCACUUGAUGAAUAUGGUUUGAUCAGGGAACCUAAAUAUGGACAUCUGAAAGAGCUCCAUAAAGCUAUUAAGCUGUGUGAGCCUGCUAUAGUUUCUUCAGAUCCAGCUAUAACCUUUUUGGGAGAGAACCAACAGGCUAGUGUCUUUUCCUCGGAUGGAAAGUGUGCAGCUUUCCUCUCUAACUUCAAUUCAAGGUCUGCCGUCAGGGUUAUGUUUAAUAACAGGCAUUACACGCUCCCACCUUGGUCAAGUAGCAUCCUUCCCGAUUGUGAAAAUGUGGUCUUCAAUACAGCCAAAGUUGGUGUCCAAACAUCGAAAAUGCAAAUGUUGCCUGCUUACAAUAAACUGGUUUCUUGGGAGGCGUACAAUGAAGAAAUUUCUUCGCUGGGUGACGAUAAUAAGAUGAUCACAGCUGUGGGUCUCUUAGAGCAAAUUAAUGUUACAAGGGAUGCAAGUGACUAUCUGUGGUACAUGACUAGUGUUGAAGUCAACCCAUCUGAGUCAUUUCUAAAUGGAGGAGAAUGGCCCACUCUCAUUGUGCAAACAUCAGGCCAUGCUCUUCACGUGUAUAUCAAUGGACAACUGUCGGGGUCAGCAUACGGGACAAGGUCGAAUAGGAAAUUCGCAUUUACCGGAAAAGUCAACCUGCGGGCUGGAACAAAUAGAAUUGCACUGCUCAGCAUAGCAGUAGGACUACCGAACAUCGGAACCCACUUUGAGAAUUGGAAUACUGGGGUCCUUGGUCCUGUUGCGCUCCAUGGUUUUAAAAAUGGUAAAAUAGACUUGACCUGGGCAAAAUGGUUUUACCAGGUUGGUUUGAAAGGAGAAACUAUGAAUCUUAGAUCUGUGCAUGGAGUUUCAUCUGUGGAUUGGAUACGAGGUUCUUUGGUUGCAGAAAGACAGCAGCCACUAACAUGGUAUAAGGCUACUUUCGAUGCGCCUGGAGGAGAUGAGCCAUUAGCUUUGGACAUGAGUACUAUGGGGAAAGGUCAAGUUUGGAUUAAUGGAGAAAGCAUUGGAAGAUAUUGGAGUACUCCUGCAAUUGGUAAUUGCGGCCACUGCAGCUACGCUGGUACAUUCCGACCGCCCAAGUGUCAAUCUGGUUGUGGGAAGCCGACUCAAAGAUGGUACCAUGUACCCCGUUCGUGGUUAAAGCCAACCCAGAAUCUUUUGGUACUUUUCGAGGAAAUUGGAGGGGAUACAUCAGGAAUUUCUCUUGCGAAAAGAUCAGUUACUAGCGUUUGUGCUCAAGUAUCUGAGUAUCACCCUACUACAAAAACCUUUGAACUUCAGAGCAUUGGCAAACAUGAUGAGGUUCCCAGACCCAAGGUUCACCUUCAGUGCCCACGCGGACAAUCUAUCUCCACCAUUAAGUUUGCAAGUUUUGGUACCCCCGCAGGAACUUGUGGAAGUUACCAAAAAGGAAGUUGUCACUCUUCAAGCUCAUAUGACAUCUUAAAACAGCAAUGCAUAGGCAAGCGAAAAUGCACAGUAAUCGUAUCAAACAAUAACUUCAAGGGAGACCCAUGUCCAUAUGUCCUGAAAAGAGUUGCAGUGGAAGCUGUCUGUGGCCCUAAAAUUACUAAUAGGGGAUAAGAUACCAAGAAGAAGGGAGGGAUCCAAAAUACUAUCUCUGGGAUUUAAUUACCGUUAACUGUGGUAGUCCACCAACACAUCAGAGAAGAUGGAUAGGUAUUCCAUUUAAAGUAUCUGGGACGUUAGUAUCCAGUUUCAUACAAUGAGCAAAAUUGCUUCUGUAAUAUAGAGAGUCAGUAGCUAGAAGAGAGUGGAUAGGUAAAGGGUCAUAUAGUGGGUAUUGACUAAAGGAGAUGGCAGAAUUUGCUUUUCUUCAAUGUCUAGGAUAAUUCAUUAAGGAAACAUUUAUUCUUCUGAUUGUAUUGUGUUACAGGGGAAAUUUAAACCCCGAAAAAUCUGUUUUGGGAUAAGUUAUCUUUAGUGAAUUUAUUCAAUUCAUUCAUUUUGCACACUA